GCACGCGAAUAAAAAAUAAAAAUCCAAUCCCACUCUCUUCUCUUUCAAAUAACAAUCCCUCUCCCAUUCCUCCUCGUCCUCCUCCUCCUCCUCCUCUUCUCCUUCCUCUGCGUCACCAUUAAUGGCGAGUGGCUCGAGCUUGGAUCCGUGGCUAUCUCCUCUCCUCGCCCCCGAAGCCGCUCUGAUCUCCGACUACGCCUUCGCCCGCGACAACGAAGCCCUAGCCGGAGCCCUCCGGAUCUCGCCCUCGCCCGACUCCGCUUCCGCGGGCCCCGAACUCGCCUUCCCCGCCCCGGCCGGGGCGGAUCCGCGCGGCUCGAACCCGGUUCGGCUGGCCCCGGCCGGUCGGAUCAGGAAGCGGAAGCGGCGCGCGUCGCGGCGGUCGCCCACGACCUACAUCAGCGCCGACCCGGCCAACUUCCGCGAGAUGGUGCAGCUGGUGACCGGGAUCCGGUUCGAGCCGGGCUCGGCGGUCGAACCGGAUCGGGCCGGGUUCGAGCAGAGCCUCCUCCUCCCGGCGCUCGACUCGUCGGCUUUCUCGCAGCCGGACCGGGCCGGGACGGACCGGCCGGUUGCCGUGGACGUCUCGCUCGGGCCGGGCUCGAUCGAGGGCCCGGUCUACGGGUUCGACCCGACGCCCUGUUUCCCGACUCUCGAGUCGUGGAGUGUGUGAUGUGAUGUGAGAGCAGAGCGAAAUUUGUUUUUUUUUUUAAAAUGUUUUUUUUUUUUUUUUGGUUUCUUCUGAUUUAGCUUUUAACGGUUGGCGUCUGAUGGGAAUCAGACGGAUGUACAGGGGUAUGAUGCGGAUCAGUGGUGGAGGCUAGUUAGUUUUUUUUUAUUUUUUUUUAUUAAGUUAAUUGCUAUUUUUCUUCUAAGUACGGGCUCUAGUACUUGCUCCAAAUAUUAUGUUGUUGAUGCUCAUUAGUGAGUUACAUUACUAACAGAGGAAGGAGACGACGA